AAAUUAUUCCAACGCGAAUCCGCGAUUGUUUGUGUCUUCAUGCGACAUUGUUUUGAGCGCAUUCGAUCAUUUCGGUGCGGUUUGGAACUUUAAUUUUUCGCGCGUGCGUGAGACCCUUGGACAUCAAAGGGCGGCCGCCAAGUGAUCACUUUGAAGAAAAUCAACCUGACAUUUCAGAUCAAUAUUGAACAUCUACCGGUAUGUCGAAUGUUUUGCCACUUUUUUCCCGGCGUUGCUUCAACAUGAGCACGGGUCAAAAUUCACAGGCCGGACACCAGAAGACGACAGAACAAGGUGGCUCGGAAUCCGCGCUCCUCUACCUAUUCCAGGAAGUCUCCAAACUCGGGUCCCCCGUGAACAGCAGUGUGCCGGACAUCGGUGCUCUGCCGUCCUGGCGAUGCGUUGACGAGAUGAAAUAUGGCGUACGUUUGCUUCAAACCUCCAGCUCCCCGUCCUUUCCGCCACUUUUUGAGCGUGACGAAAACAUGGCGACGGAAGUGAACACACAAGUGGCGGCCGGCGCCCACAGCCCUUGGAGGGUUCUGAGUCUGAUUAACCUGCAGUGUAACAGGCUCAUGGAUCCAAAUGUAAGACCGCUGUCAUCUGCCAUGAAAAGUGCGCAAUAUUCGGAAACUGCUGAAAGUUUUGAGCGUGCCUGGAAAGCGGCGCAUGUUUCAGCGGCUUCCGCUGGUAUCGCACCAACAGAUGGCGAGGAAGAGGAGCACUCUGCUUCCAAAUCAUUCAAUCAAUCAAAAGCGUUGUCUCCGCAAAGAAUAGAAACUAACUUCAGUGUUGACAUGUUGUUGAAGAGGCAACCUGAUGCUGAUCACCUUCUUCGUGCUGGAAGUUCUUUGUCACCGAAGCACGGUUGUGAAAUUGAUUUUGACAUUGUGGAUCUAUCAAAGCCGGCGAUCACCCUCGACCACAACGCAAACAGCACAUGGCAGCGCCAUGCACAGCACUUGCCCUCAAAACCGGGUGACAAAAACAUGUCAUCGAAAUCAGAGAGUACACACGAUGCCAUUGAGGAGAAACCUCAUCACUGCCACAGCCAAAAGCAACGACCUCCUACCUCCACCGUGACCUCAGAGCAGAGGCCAAAGGAGGCAAACGAUCCGCUGGCAACUCGUCACGGUCCCUCCAAAAGGGCCAAAAUUCCCAGAAAACAACCCAAACCCAGCCGCAGCGUGAACAUCCAAGACCCGAAUUUGCAGGGAGUGAUGUUCAGGAUGGACACUGGGCUGGACGGCAGCAGGGAGCAAUGUCGGCUUCUCAUCACCUCAAAAUACAGCAAGGAGUGCCACAAGGGAGUGCGCAGACCCAGGAUCAGGAAUCGAACCUCCCAGAUGACCAGCAGCUCAGAGGAGGAGGCAAACACUCAAAGGAGCAAAGUUUGUGCAUCUUGCUGCACCACAACCACCCCUAUGUGGAGAGAUGCAGAGGACGGGACACCUCUCUGCAACGCUUGUGGCAUCAGGUACAAGAAGUACAAAGUGCGAUGUCACUACUGCUGGCAUAUCCCGAGAAAAGAAAGCAACUCCAGCUCGCACUGCCUCAAGUGUGGAAACCUGGUGAAGGUGGCCUCCAUUCAGCACAAACACAACACCUAAAGAGAACAUACACAACUAUGUAAACACUUGAACGCCACAUUUCAACAUACACCUUUCCAUGUUUAAGUAAAAUAUGUUUUAGAUGCCUGCUAAACUAAUUGUCAGUUAUCUGUGCUAUGUCUGAAAAUGUUAUUAAAAAAAAAAAAAAAAAAAGUACAAAAUGUCUGGUGUGUUAAAGGAGGUGCUUUUUGUUGCACCCAUUAACGUAUUUAUAUAUUUUUUUGUAUUUGGAAGUUUUCUGUGUUUGGGCCAGUGUUUGUUUUGAGCCAGUAUUGUUUUUUUCUGCUUGAUGAGGUGCACUGAUAUUUUUUUUUAGCAUGAGAGUUUUUUCUGUGAGGAUUUAAAAAUAUAAUUUUGUGUGAGCACUAAUGGGAUUUUUGGUCUGCAUUAAAUGCUGUGUAAAUACCC